UUCACAUGCAGGCCGCCAUUUUGAAAGUCAAACAUCCUCGUUUUAGACAUGCUGAUUUAGCUACUUUGACUAGCAAGCUUCAUUAUUAUCCAACUUGACUCUUAAUGCUACAAACAUGUGGAAUCAUCUUGGUUUAACUGCAAACCUGAGCAAAUGUGUUUUCCAGCACACCCUAACUAGUUCAAGGCAUGGUGUUUUGCCCUUCUCCAAUCUGUUCCUCAAAGCAUUUUCAACAAGUUUGGUGUCUGAAGGAAGGACGCACUACUCUUUUAUAAGGGUGCGACGCAGCAUGCCGAACAUUCCAAUACCCGGUUAUCUCAAGGAUGGUUCCGUAAAACGCAACCAAAUGAAAGCAGGCAGAGACCCUGUGACUGGAAGGAUUGCCAUACGACAUAAGGGUGGGGGUCAUUCACAGACCUACCGUAUAAUAGACUUUGUGAGAGUCCCUGCGCUUCAAGAGAAUGAAGAGCCUAAAAAGAUCAGGGAUAAAGUCCUCCACAUAGGUUAUGACCCUUGUCGCUCAGGACGAAUUGCUCUGGUUGCAGGAGACGGAAGCAACAAAAUGAAAAUCAUCACAGCACCACACGAAAUGAAGGUCGGAGAUGUAGUCACAGCCUUCAGAGGAAAGCCAGAGUCAAUUGCGAGGUUGAAACCUGGCGAUGCCUACCCCUUGACGCAUCUUCCCAUUGGCACUUUGGUGUACAAUGUUGAACUAGAGCCAGGAAAAGGUGCACAGCUGGUGCGAGCAGCCGGUACAUGUGCACAGAUUCUAAACAAGACUGAAACUACAGCCAGGUUGCGACUGCCUUCCAAGGAAGAGAAAGACAUACCACUAGAUUGUUUGGCUUCAUUAGGAAGGGUUUCUAAUAUUGAUCAUAAAAAUAGAGUUAUUGGUAAAGCAGGCAGAAAUCGUUGGCUCAAUAGGAGACCAAAGGGUCAAACUGGUACAAAUCGCACUUUGUGGAAGAAGAAACGAGUGUGAAAUCCUCCAUGGCUAACCGUUCAAUUCAUAAGUCAGUGCCCAUUGACUUCACAAACUGCGCAAGGUGCUACUCAAUAGCCCUCAUUUAGUUACUAGAAUGAUUUUUGCAUGAAGACCUUAAGACUUUUUAUUCCCUGCACAACGUUGUUAACAAAACUAUGGGAAAGUGCUUGGCAAUCGGUGUCUAGUAAAUUUGAAGGAUCGCAUGCCAUGACUUCAUUUAUAAGACCAUUACUUUGUGUUCAUGUCCAAUGCUGUAAUUUGCAAACUGAGCUGAAUCCUCCUUCAUAGCUAGAGCUUCAAAGAGCCUACACUUUAUCAACUUUGUCUCGGACUUGUAAGGAAACAAAACAAUUGCGAUCCUCGUUUCAUUAUAUUCAAUGAACGACCGGC